AUGGUCAAGCUCGUGCGCGCCCUCGACUUCCCUCCAUUUGAAAUCUACUACGAUGUCAUGGAGAAGAUGAAUUUCAAGAUCACGUACUCCCUCAUUGCGAAGAGGGUGGAGAGGUGGAUCCGCGCCGUUAGGAGGGAUUUCCUCGACGCCGCGGAAAUCAAGGUCGUGGGCUUAGACUGCGAGUUCACUGACCCUCGCAAGGGUAACCAACGCGCCUCCGUCUUGCAACUCUCCGUCGCGCAACACACUCUAGUCUUCCAUAUUGUGCAUGCCGAUGAAGUGCCACAAGUGCGCAUCGAUUUCCUUGCGGACAAGAACAUCAAAUUUUGUGGCACGGCAAUCCACAAUGAUCUGGAUAUAUUGCAGACCCACGGAAUUAGUAUUCCAUCUACGAUCAACCUCCAGCUGAUCCUCCAGAACCCCGUCCCAAGAAAGCAGACUCCGAGUUUGAUUCAUUUGGCAAACCAUUCUAUUAGGACGGAUCUCGAGCAGAAGAAGAAGUUUAAUUAUAAGAAGAACAAGCCGCUGAAGACCGCCAAGGAAUUAGAAGAAGAGACACUGAUUUUUGGAUGGGGAGAUUUUCCCUUGAGCCAUAAGCAACUGCAGUAUGCCGCUCUCGACGCUCGCUUCGGCUUCGAGCUGGGUAGGAGGCAUUUCCGGACACUUGGCUACAAUAGCCAUAUGGAUCGCCUCGGACUUAAUAUUUAUGAGUACACGCAUGGUGGUGUGGUCUGUGGUAUCGUGUGUGCCUUCUAUGUAUGA